UUGACUGUCAGAGGGAGAAGGGCGUGAGCAAGCAGCUGGUGGGCGUGCUCCCGAUGCCCCGCCCUCUGCUCGUUGCGACGUUGCUGAGGCUAAGAUGGCGGAACCCCUGUCAACUCAGGAGCACCUGGCUGUGGAGGAGUUCCUGAGUGAGGUGCGUCGCAGGGAGCAGCUUCAAUGCGCUGGGCUCGUCUCCCAUCCCACAGCUGUUAAGUUUCUUAUGGCCCGCAAGUUUGAUGUCUCCCGAGCCGUCGACCUCCUCCAAGCAUACAAGAACACAAGAAUCAAAGAGGGGAUCAUCAAUAUAAACCCUGACGAGGAGCCACUCCAUUCUGAGCUGCUCAGUGGCAAGUUCACCGUCCUGCCUGGACGUGACGCAAACGGUGCUGCACUUGCACUCUUCACUGCUCGCCUUCAUCGGCCAGAUGUGACCACUCACAAAGCUGUGCUGCAGGCCAUCAUUUAUCAGCUUGAUAAAGCCAUAGACAGUGUUCAAACUCAGAGAGAUGGACUUAUAUUUAUAUAUGACAUGACCAACUCCAGUUAUGGGAAUUUUGACUAUGAUCUCUGUGUCAAGAUUCUCAAUUUGCUCAAGGGGGCGUUUCCUGCUCGCUUAAAAUGUGUCUUCAUUGUGUCCUCGCCUCUUUGGUUUCGAGCACCUUUUGCAGUCCUUCGCCUCUUCGUGCGUGAGAAGCUGAGAGAACGGGUGUGUACAGUGAAGGCUCACGAGCUCGCCAGUCACAUCCCAGUCUCCUCCCUCCCUGAGAACCUAGGCGGGACAUCCCAGUACAGCCAUGUGGCCUGGAUCCAAUCCUGCAUAAACGCAAACACUGUGGAGGGAGACACACAAGUACAUGACACACACGACUGCGUGGGAAGCCUGCUGCGCUCUUACAGCCUUGAGUGCAAGGAACCGAGCAUUGGCGCAACGCUGACCCAUAGUCAUUUAAGUACCCAUCUGGGCUCUGAGCUAGCCGCGGCUAACUCUAACUUCUACGACGACAGCAAUGCGAACCCUCACAACCACUGUGGUGUGGAUGAGGGCAGGACUCUGGGUCAUCCGAAGCUGAGCGCGCAUUCUGCUGCAAACAGGCUACAGGGGAACCACCAACACUGGAACGGAUCAGCUGGGAGUGGAAACAACAUGGCCGUCAGUGGCUUGAAUCCCAAUUCAAACAUGAAUGGUCGUGGACGGCAAGCUCCUCCCCAGUCGGACACACCCCCUGACACGCCGCUCUCUCACAAAGGUGAUACUGACGCAGUGGAUGGCAGAACAAUAGACUCGGAUCACGGACUUCUGAAUGAGCGUAUUCAAGAAGUGGAUGAGGAGGGUGAGGAAGAGGAGGGUGUGCCUCCGUUGCCCCAGAAAUCUUUGCCUCGACCGCCCCACCAACCCGCCUCCCAGACAUCACCCAUGUCCUCGUCAUGGGGUCCUGAUGACGAGGACUGCGGCACGGAAGAGUCAGUUCACAUGCCGGAGCAGGGAGGCAUGGCGAUGCAGGAGCUGGUGGAUCAUGUGAAAAGGAAGAAGAAGAAAGGGAUCUAUCAGGAAUAUGAGGAGAUUCGCAAGGAGCCACCAGCAGGCACCUUUGACUAUUCCAAGAAACUCUCCAAUCAGCUCAAGAACCGUUACAGCGAUGUUCUGUGUCUGGACCAGUCCAGAGUGCGACUCAGCCAGCUCUGUGAUGAUGAGGACGAGACUUCAGAUUACAUUAAUGCAAGCUUCAUGGAUGGCUACAAGAGAAGAAAGGCAUACAUUGCUACUCAGGGUCCUUUGCCCAAAACAUUUGGGGACUUUUGGCGCAUGGUGUGGGAGCAGAUGGUACUUAUCAUUGUUAUGACAACGAGAGUGGUGGAGCGAGGACGUGUCAAGUGUGGUCAGUAUUGGCCACUGGAGGAAGGCAGAACAGAGCAACACGGGUGUUUCCUGAUCAGGAACACCCACAUCCAGGUCUUCCAUGACUUCAAACUCUCACAUCUGGAGCUCUAUAAUACUCAAUCUGGGGAGAGACGGGAUGUUUGCCACUACCUCUACGUCAGCUGGCCGGACUUCGGAGUGCCCAAGAGUGCGUCGGCCAUGUUGGACUUUCGUGAGCAUGUACUUCAGAGGCGGUUAGACACAGUCCAGAGCCUGGGCUCCAGUUGGAAGGGGCCUCCAGGGGGCCCUCCUGUGGUGGUACACUGCAGUGCGGGCAUCGGCCGGACAGGCACCUUCUGCACACUGGACAUCUGCCUGUCCCGGCUGGAGGACAUUGGCACAGUAGACGUCCACGAGACUGUGCGGCGCAUGCGCACGCAGAGGGCUUUCAGCAUCCAGACGUGGGACCAGUACUACUUCUGCUACACCGCGGUCAUCGAAUAUGCCAUGCGCCGCGGCAAGCUGAGCCCGGUGCAGUGGUCCGACUCGGACAUAGAGACCGACAGCGAGUGAGAGACACACGGGCUGGAAGUCGACCUAAACCCAAGUCAGCAUGGAACGUUUGGCAGUAGAAAAUUGAGGGCGACGCCUGCAACUUCUAUGACAAAAGAGCAAAGUGGAUGUCUUGGUCUGGCUCUUGAUGUGAUGGGGGUGCCCCUCGUGUGAAUGGACACGCAGGGCCACCUGAAGAGCUCUCUAAGAAAACGUGCGGAGAGCCCUGCCAAUGUCAGGACAAAUGGCGGGGGGAGCUCUGCUUACCCUGCACUUGUCCCAUUGACAAGAACCUUGUAGCAUUUUUCUAUUGACUUGCACAUGAGGAAUGGCAAACUUGAACCCACCGACACCUUUAUAUUCUUUUCAUCCUCAAACUGCCAUUUCCUUUUUCAGGGGGGGUUGUGGGUGCUUUUGAGUGAGACGCGUUGUGAGAGAUUAUUUUGUGAGCCAUUUGAGGAUUUUAUUUGAUGUUCUUUUUGUCCCAUGACGUUUUUGGUUCUUCCUAUGGUGCAUUUUCUACACGUGUUUCAUAUUGUGUGCAUGUGUAGACUAACUUUCCAAAGCCAAAGUCAUCACCCCGAAUGUUUGGAUGUACUCCUUACUAAGAUAUUAUAGACUGAAACCGUGUAUAUUCUUGUAACAUACAGCUACAUUUAUACAUCGUUGUGCAUAAUAACCUCUUGAAGAAGUGUAAAAAUGCCUUGUUUUAAUACAUGUAUAAUGGUUUUAAAGCUGGACAGGUAAAUCGAUCUUGUAAGCCAGGCUAUAUAAAUAGCAACAAAAUUAUUUUAAAAGUGAUGUCUUGACAUUUUUACUCUUCUUUGAUUGGACUAUUUUAAAGUAAUUUGACCUUAAAAGUCCACCGUUUACCUGUUUAAUCUUCCGUAUUUCGUUACCCUUUCCAGUAUUCCUCCUUACUCUUGAGACAUAUUCUGUCUCCGAUAAUUGUGCCUUCAGGUUGUUCUUUUUGUUUCAUGUCACAGUACAAGAUCAAUAGUAAUAAUGACAGCCACGCUCGUGCACUUGCAUAGGACACGACACACUUUUUUGCCUUCAGUGCUUAGGAGUACCGUAAUAGGAAAGUCCUGAGUGGACAAAGUUCUGGUUCUUCUUAUCAUUUGACCUCAGGGGCAAUUUUGGGGGUUUCUUUUAAUAUCCGUUAUUGCAUUUUUCAUCUAAAUUAUCAUACAAGCUAAAUCUUUAUUUUGUAUUUUCACUGUAUUUUAUCCUACUAUAUUUAUGUCUUUGUAAAGAAGAAAAAAAGUACAGGUUCAAAGUCAAUGAAUGGUUCCUUUGCCACCACAGCAGAAUCAUUCAAUAAGCUGAACAAAUCAGACGUUGAACUACAUACAGUACAUAUAUAUGAUUUUUUUUUUUCGUGGCGUGUGUUGGAGAAUACCCUCCCAUGGUAUUUUCGUAACUGACUCAGAGAAUCGCUGAUUGUUCAAAUGCUUUCUGGUGUAUUUUUUUAGGAGGAGGGUUGCUUGACAAUAUAUUAUAGUCUAGCCAAGAAAAGAACGGUAACGGAACAAAAAGUUUCUUCUGUGUGUCUGAAAAUUGAUUGAUUUGUUAGCAUGAACGCAAGAGUCUUGAAUGUUUUAACGGGCUGCUAUUUCAUUCAUCUUUGUGUAUUUGGACCCCUCAAUGCCAAAGGCCAUUUUUAUGUAUUUCAGCAUGGAUCUCCCAAUGCAGCCACACAUCCACCGAUACACGCGAAGAGUCUCACGAGCACGUGUCAUGAAACGUCUUGCUGGAGGUAGCAAGCGCAAGAGCGUGCUAGGGUCUGGAUUUUCCAUAUUUUUAAGUUGUCACAUGAGUUAUGCAUAAAAACAAGAUCAUGUGUCAUCCUUGUUUUACUUUUCUCGUGUAUAUCUUGUGAUUGAAUGUUGGCUUUUUUUACACCAUGUACGCCUGGCUGGCCCAUUAAAGCAAUGCUAUCACUA